GGAUACGAACCGACAAGUAUGCGAGCUAUAAGGGCUAGAUACGAUCCCUACCUACAAACGCGAGGGAGAGUCUCUCAACUGAUGCAGUUAGGCCAUUCAAUUGAUAAGGUUGAAUUCAUCGUAAUGGGAGGAACUUUUAUGUCAUUGCCAGAGGAUUAUCGCGACUAUUUCAUAAGAAAUUUACAUGAUGCCCUCAGUGGUCAUACCUCGUGUAAUGUCAAAGAGGCAGUAGCAUAUUCGGAACGCAGCAAAAUUAAAUGCAUCGGCAUUACGAUUGAAACUCGGCCGGACUAUUGCCUCCCGCGACAUCUUGACGAUAUGCUACUUUAUGGAUGCACUCGACUUGAGAUUGGAGUUCAGUCUACUUACGAAGAUGUUGCUCGAGACACUAAUCGAGGACACACAGUCAAAGCUGUCUGUGAAACAUUUCACAUGGCUAAAGAUACCGGAUAUAAGGUGGUUAUUCAUAUGAUGCCUGAUUUACCGAAUGUUGGGCUGGAACGUGAUAUUGAACAGUUUGUGGAGCUGUUUGAGAAUCCAGAUUUCCGUCCUGAUGGUUUGAAAUUGUACCCUACUCUUGUGAUACGAGGGACGGGACUGUACGAGUUGUGGCGAUCUGGCCGGUAUAAGAGUUACCCUCCAUCUGUACUGGUCAAUCUCGUAGCACGCAUUCUAGCGUUAGUACCGCCGUGGACACGGGUUUACCGCGUUCAACGUGACAUACCUAUGCCCCUGGUUUCGAGUGGUGUAGAGCACGGAAAUCUUCGCGAACAUGCCUUGGCACAUAUGAAACAACUCGGCUUAGCGUGUCGCGAUGUAAGAACGAGAGAAGUUGGUAUUCAGGAAAUUCAUAACAAAAUUCGACCAUACGAUGUAGAAUUGAUCCGAAGGGAUUAUGUUGCGAAUGGCGGAUGGGAGACGUUCCUUUCUUACGAAGAUCCAGAUCAGGAUAUUCUGGUAGGACUCCUGCGCCUCCGAAAGAUUUCCAAUAAAGCCCAUCGCUCUGAACUGAAGGGAAAAGCAUCUGUUGUGCGUGAGCUACAUGUCUACGGUUCGGUAGUGUCAGUUUCCGAGAGGGAUCCAUGCAAAUUUCAACAUCAGGGUUUCGGUCAACUACUUAUGGAAGAAGCGGCACGCAUCGCUUACUUUGAACAUGGAUCAGAGAAAAUCGUAGUCAUCUCAGGUGUUGGCACAAGAGACUAUUACAGGAAGCUCGGCUACGAGUUGGAUGGCCCAUAUAUGAGCAAGACGCUGUCCGCUGAAGAUUUCGAAUUAUGA